AUGUCUCUCCCAACGCUGGGCUCUCAAUCCUCGACUCUCGGCACCUUCACUCCCACCUUCGACCUGACGACCCGAGAGCACUCAUCAUUCAAACCGGCUUUACACAACGGCUUCAGUUGGACUGCUCCCUUCCGGGACGGUCUACCCACUCCCCCCAGCGACAUGACUGGACUGGCCUACAAUGCCAUUCCGUCCAUGCCAUAUGGAGGGAAGACGCACGGCAUGCCAUCUCACGUUUACGGCUCGCGCUCCCACUUCGAUCCGGUCCCCUCGUCCUCGGUGGCUUCAUAUGGCACGAAGCCCCAAACCCACCCCGCAAUCGUGAAGGAAGUGCCGGCUACGGAACCCGUACAGAAGAAGUCUACUGGCACCUUCGGCGGUACGCAACUGCGGAUUCCCUCGUCAAUCAACAACAGCAAGGGCAACUUGGCUGAAUUUGCAGCACAGAUGACAUGUCUCUUCUGGUUCGAAAAGACUUCCAAACUUCAAGCUAUUGAAGACCAACUGCCCCUCGUUCCUUCCCUGGUUCCUGAGGCGAUUCCGACUGUUGGAUUCCAAAAAUGGGUGGCUACAAUUCUCUCGACCACACAAGUCAGCCAGAAUGUGAUUCUGUUGGCUCUGCUGUUUAUCUACCGCCUGAAGAAGUUCAAUUCUGGUGUGAAGGGAAAGAAGGGCAGUGAAUUCCGGCUGAUGACGGUGGCUCUGAUGCUGGGCAAUAAAUUUUUGGACGAUAAUACCUACACCAACAAGACUUGGGCAGAGGUUUCGGGCAUUGCGGUGCAGGAAAUUCAUAUCAUGGAGGUUGAGUUCCUCAGCAAUAUCCGGUACGACUUGUUUGCCUCCGAGGCGAAGUGGGCCCAAUGGCACACCAAGCUCGGCCUCUUCGCCGAUUAUUUCAACCGGGCAUCGGCUCUCCCUGCUGAGACAGACGCCCCACUUAUGCGUGUCUCUCCCCCUCGAUUGCAGCCUCAAUCGCCAUUGUCAAAGUUGCCGUCACCUCCUUCGGAUGCGCUUCAACCGCAGUCACAGCCAAAUUGGUACAUGCCAGCUCCUGGCCUACCUUACCCUAUUCCUUCUCCAGCUUGCCAUGCUGCGGCUGGAUCUCUCAAGCGCAGCCGGGAUGAGGACGACGAGUUGCAACCCAUGAAACGAACUGCUCGGGCAAUUGGACAACUUACGCCGGCUCCUCUUACCAUCCCCUUGACGACUAUGAACACAAUGCCCACUCUUCCGCCCGUCCUCACACCAACAUCUGCUCCGGUUUCUCAGGGCUUCUCGCUCCCACCUCCCAACAUGACAACCUCAAACCCCAUUUCUCAUUGUCUUCCCACUCCCUCUAGCUCUCAGCCUUCCUCUAUCUCCGGUUCUCAACUCCCUGUUCCGGCUCCCUUGCACGCGAUCUACAAUCGGUCUUCCAACUGGGGUCAGCACCAACCCAACGUCCCUAUCCCUGCGUCUUCGGCUGGCAUGUACAACGCACCCUCUCUUCCGGAAAUUGGGCGACAUUAUUCUAGCCCUUUCGGUGUGUCUUCUGGCACCCUCUCGCCGGCUGUGUCUGCUUACUCGGUCCACACUCCGCAAAACCACCUAUCCCCAUCCUUCUUCCUCGCGAAUCGCAACUCCCCUUACCGACCUGUCCGCUCAGUCUCGACAUUGUUGAUUCCACCUCCUUCCUCUUCUCUGCAGCAGCAGCGCAGCAUUCCGUUCGAUCACAUGCACUACCAGCCGCUGGGUAAGGGUACUUCCGAUCGCAAGACGGGUCUCCUUCCCUACAUCCAACCGGAUAUUUGGGGCCAAGGAAACUACCAGCCUUACUACCCUCCCCCUCAAACCUUCUCCAGUUAA